UCCAAGAUGGCGCCCCCAAGAGCUGGGAGCGGGUGACCCGCGGCGGGGAAGCGGCCUGGGUUGGCCCUCCGGUUGCGGGGUCCUGGGGGCGUCUCGCCGGCUCCCCCACGGCCCGCCUACAACGCCUUCCCCGGGCCAGAGCAAUGGCCUCCGAGAACAGCAAGCAGUUUUGGAAAAGGAACGCCAAGCUGCCGGGGAGCAUCCAGCCUGUGUAUGGAGCACAGCACCCUCCUCUGGACCCUCGGCUCACCAAAAAUUUCAUCAAAGAACGGUCAAAAGUCAACACAGUUCCUCUGAAGAGUAAGAAGGCUUCCAGUUUUCAUGAAUUUGCCCGGAAUACCAGUGAUGCUUGGGACAUUGGCGAUGAUGAGGAAGAGGACUUUUCCUCACCUUCUUUCCAAACUUUGAACUCAAAAGUUGCUUUGGCAACUGCAGCCCAGGUCCUGGAAAACCACAGCAAGCUGAGGGUGAAACCAGAACGGUCCCAGUCAACAACAUCCGAUGUUGCUGCCAACUACAAGGUCAUCAAAUCCAGCAGUGAUGCCCAGCUGGCCAGAAAUUCCAGUGAUACAUGCCUGAGGAACCCUCUUCACAAACAGCAGUCACUCCCACUCCGACCCAUCAUCCCCCUUGUUGCCCGGAUCUCAGACCAGAAUGCUUCUGGGGCUCCCCCGAUGACUGUGCGGGAGAAAACUCGCCUAGAAAAAUUCCGGCAGCUUCUCUCCAGCCACAACACAGACUUAGAUGAAUUGAGAAAGUGUAGCUGGCCAGGGGUUCCCAGGGAGGUUCGACCUGUAACCUGGAGACUCCUGUCGGGCUAUCUCCCAGCAAACACUGAGAGGAGGAAGCUGACCCUGCAGCGGAAGCGGGAAGAAUAUUUUGGCUUCAUUGAGCAGUAUUAUGACUCUCGAAAUGAAGAACAUCACCAGGAUACUUACAGACAGAUUCACAUUGACAUUCCAAGGACGAAUCCUCUCAUUCCAUUGUUCCAACAGCCACUUGUACAGGAGAUCUUCGAACGAAUUUUAUUUAUUUGGGCCAUCCGACACCCUGCCAGUGGGUAUGUCCAGGGAAUUAAUGACCUGGUCACUCCGUUCUUUGUCGUCUUCCUCUCAGAAUAUGUGGAAGAGGAUGUGGAGAACUUUGAUGUCACCAACUUGUCUCAGGACAUGCUGCGAAGCAUUGAAGCUGACAGCUUUUGGUGCAUGAGCAAGCUGCUAGAUGGAAUCCAGGAUAACUACACCUUUGCACAACCAGGGAUCCAGAAGAAGGUCAAGGCUCUGGAAGAGCUUGUCAGCCGAAUUGAUGAGCAGGUACAUAAUCACUUCAGGAGGUACGAGGUCGAAUACCUACAGUUUGCCUUUCGUUGGAUGAACAAUCUGCUUAUGCGGGAGCUUCCCCUUCGCUGCACCAUCCGCCUGUGGGACACAUACCAGUCUGAACCCGAAGGGUUCUCCCACUUCCAUCUCUACGUGUGUGCAGCCUUCUUGAUCAAGUGGAGGAAAGAGAUCUUGGAUGAGGAGGACUUUCAGGGCCUCCUCAUGCUGCUACAGAACCUACCUACGAUACACUGGGGCAAUGAAGAGAUUGGGCUGCUUCUCGCGGAGGCGUAUAGACUCAAGUACAUGUUUGCAGACGCCCCCAAUCACUAUCGCCGAUAGGUGCUGUCUCCCUGUGGGGACCCAGACUGCCCCCAUCUCUGAUGGCAAUCUGAUCACUGUGGCCACUGUGCGAGCUGUGGACCCCGGCCAGGAACCACUCCUGCUGUAAAAAACUCACACCCGCCUCCCAGGUCUGAACUUUGGCGUGCCUGUCCACCACUCCAUGUUUCUGGAUGUGUCUCUUGGACCACUGUCAGUAUUCCAUGCCAUGUGGAUGGGCCCAGCUCUGGGAGAGGACAGAAAAGGAGGUACAGGGUCAUCUGCCCCUCUAAAAGAAACUGGACAAAAGAAGGGGAAGGCUCAGGUUCUCAACUCACAUUGUCCCUACAUGGACUGUCUGCCUCUCACCUCCCAGCCCCAACUGAUACCGUUGCUCUUUGUGACAUAGUUUGAUUUGAUCACAGGUCAAAAACGCCUUACAUUUAAGACUCCUGGCCCUUCCCUUUCUGCCCUAGACUGAGCCAGUGAGGGGAGCUUUUCGAGACCAGUGCUCUCAGGUGGAGGAGGCACUAAUGCUUAUAACUCUGGGAAGAGACCUAUACCCAAGGGCUAGGAAUUUUAUCUUUUAUUUUCUUGGCAGUUAUCUGUGUGUGUGUGUACAUGUGUAAGCACAUGCGUAUACACACCUCUCAGCAUUUAGGUAUGUGUCUUAAUUUCUGUGUCCAGACUAGCCUGACAAAAACCAUCUGGGAAGGGCCCCAGCAACCAGGUGUCCAAAUGUCCCUUGAGAAAGAUCAGGGCAGGGGAGAGAGGAGGGGCCCGUUACCUCUCCAAACCCUUCUUCCAUGAUGACCCACUCCAAGAUAUUAUGUGUGAAUUGUGUUAUUAUGUAUAUGGGUAAAGAUGUACAAAUAUAUGUCCUCUUUGUAGCAGAUAUGAUUUUAUAUUUAUAAUGUGCAUCAACAUGUGAAAGCAAUCUAGGUCAGUAGCACAGAUGAAGUUACCAGGCCAGCAGCUUCAGCAACUCCAGGUUGGUCAAUGGGUGCCCUCCGGUGGGGGGAGCGAAUGAGAGUCUGCUGGAGUCAGCACGGCGGAGCAGAUGGAGCGGCUCUUAAACCCAGCGGCAGCCAUCCAAGCGUCAGUGUCUCAGAAUUUUUCCCUUCCCCUUUCUUCUCACUCCUCCCUGGGCCUUUCUGGAGCAUCUGUCCUGCUCCCUCCCCAUCUAAAGCAGAAAAGGAUGUGAAGACAGAACUCUCCGCCCUUCAUCCCUAGCAGACUUCCAGAGGGGACUGUAGCGGCAGAUGCCCUUUCUGCAUGGUUUUAGCCUCUGCCUUUUCCCGGAAUCUGGAGAGAGCUUUUGUUUUUAUGUUUUUUAAAUCAGCAUAUUAUUCAGGACAGAAGCUGUGACUGACCAGUCAGUGCCAAGGAAAGAAGUUUGCCCUGUGUCCCUUGGUUUGGGGGCUCUUCUCAGAGAGAGGUAUUCUGUGUCCCCCACUGUCACCAUCACACCCCACACAGCUCAAGAGACCUGUGACCCACGUUUGAUUUUUGGUGUUUGGUAGUGGAGAGGUGGGGGGAUGGUGGCAAGCAGCUGUCAUCCUCUUGGGAAGCCAAGCAGUGACCCCAGUGGAUGACACUUUGAGCCUCAUUGCCGAUGAAGCCCCACCAUGCUGGUAUGUGUUACAUUUCUCAUCUGGAGCUGUUUCUCAGGCAUUCUUCCUCACCGUUUCCUUUUCCCCUUCAGUGUGCCUCAAUAGUUUCCUUCACAGAGUGAGAGGGCUUGUGACCCCUCCCUCAACCAGACUAAUUAAAGAAAGACACUUGUGUUCCCAAGUGGUGGUUUUAUUUUUUUAGUUUUUAUGUUUGUAUGGGAAAUUGUGGAUAAAGUGAAAGAAUUGUAAAUAAAUAGUGUAUUUCCUCCUCCAUCUGCUGAUUUUUUCCUUCCGUGGAUUUGUGUAACCUGGGAACCUAAGGAGUUCCCUUUUCUUGGGUUUCUCUUGCUGAUAUUAGCAAGUCUAAUAAGUAUGGGGGACAAGCCUUCUGUAGGGCAAGCAGGGGAUCAACAGAUUAAAAAGCAUUCUCAGAGGAUGUCCGCAAAUGUUUACUGAGCAUCUACUAUGUAAAAGGUACUGUGGAAACUACAAAAAUGAAUGACAUGGUUCCUAGUAGCUGACGUUUAUGGAGCACCUUACCACACGCCAAGCACUGCAAUAAGCACUUUACGUGGAUUAUUUCUUCUACCCAAAAAGAGUAUAUAAUGUAACAGAGGUUAGAAAAUGGACUAGAACUUCAGUGCUGGACAAAAGCCUAGAGAUACCUAGCUCAACAACCUCACUGUUCACAGAUGAAAACCCAGCCCAAGGCCAAGGAAGGAAUUGUCAGAGUCAGAACUAGAAUACAGGCGGACCUCUUAGCUUGCCUAUUUGGUGUUUUUUCCACCUAACCUCAUAGAACUAAAAUGUGUUCAAAGACU